GAUCUCAUUGUGAACCACACUGGUCUGGACAGAGUACAAAUUUUUAAAAAAGUCAACUGCAGCCUUCCCAAUAUCAUUAGGAGAGGGCCAGAGCAUGGCAGAUCAAUCAAGUCACAAACAGCUAUGCAGUCUGAGAAUUCAUUUACUCCCUUUAAAAAAGGCUGGUUGUGCUGUUGGAAUUCUUCUUCUGCUCCAGGAUUGUCAGAGGUAUUGGUUGUGUCUUCUGUUGCAAGUCUUCUUGCCAUGAAGUCAAUCCUGUUAAGAAUUCUUGGGUCCAACCCUUGUAGAUUGCAUUCUGCCUCAUAUUUGGACUGCUCCCCCUCCGAGUGAUACUCCUUGCUUAUUAAUACAGGAUCACUAUAUUAAGAAUUCCUGGGUCCAUCCCUACAUUAUUAGAGAUUCAGACCUCAUAUAAAUAUUUAAAGUAUUUGAACUCAUAAAUUAAUGUGUUAAUAUAAA